CCGGGCCUGCCUGCCCAUCCAGGUGUUGUCGAGCCAGAUGCCAGCAACUACACGAGCCUGUGGGCCUGCUUGCCUGCGACAGGGAACUAGCAUGUCCCGCCAUUUGAGUCCUGGUCCCACUCAAUCACGCUCCCGCCAGGAUAAGUCUGCCAUGUACAAGUCACUUUUUCUCCACCGCAUCGCCCUUGUUUGAACUUCUCAACGGGCCUCUCCUUCCGUCCCGCCCGACCACUCCCCGUUGUUUUAUUUUUCCUCCUACUCUCCCUCCCCUCCCCUCUUGCCUCACAGCAUUACCGUCGACGACGACGAGGGCCCAAGCUGUACACACCCAGCCCCCGGCGCCUGUCUUGAAAUCCCCGGCCUCCAAGGCCGCCCUUGACGCUUUUCGCGACGGACACCAACCCAUCGCCAGCCUCGUGUGUUUUGGCAGGAUUUCUAGCAACUGCGUCGAGCACGUCGGCUCCUCGCCGCAGCUGGACGGAAGCAUGACCGACUUCGCCAGUUGUUCGUGGCCCAUAUGGCACGUGGACGACUUUACCCUGUGCUUCCAAAGAGACUAUCUCAAGGUCCUCCUGCCCGCAAUUGUCGUAUCCUUGUCUCUUCUCAACCUCCUCUCGCACAAUAUAAUCCGAGCGGUCAGGAUAAAACGAGCAGGCUCCAAGGGAUACCAACCUCUUUCAAAUGGCAACGCGAACGGCCACGCCCCUCACCAGCACACCGACCUCCCCCCAGAGGAGGAACAGGCUGUCGAGUCCGAGGAUGAAGGUCUCGCAAUCAACGGCGGCAGGCUAAAUUUGGUGAAGACCACGACAAGGGGCUCGAUAGUCCAGGCCGAUGCGCCGCCUGCCCAGAAACUCUCCGUCAUUGUCGAGGAACUGGCCAUCACGGCCCUGGUUGCUGUGAACGUGGUCGCCCUUGCUACCGGCGCCUUUGGCGGGACCGCUUCUCUGCCCUCUGUCAUUGGGCUUGUUACAUGGGUUUACGCUCUCGUACUUGCCAGCCUGCGCCUCUUUCUCGGAAACACGCAAUGGCGCGUGCCGCAUCUCUGGAACCACACGGCAGCCAUCUACUCGCUCCAAUGGCUCUUCACCGUCGCGAUAUUCCGCUCUGUACUCAUCCGGCCCAGCUCCAGGCUCGCCCAGAUCUUGGUUAUCGUGGAAUUCGCCUUCACAACCCUGCUCUUCGGAAUGGCCGUCACCACUAGGAAGGGCAACAAGACUGUGUUGCUGGAGUGGGAAGACGGCGUCCAGCCGUCUCGCGAGCCACUGGCGUCUAUCUUUUCCAAUUAUACAUUCACGUGGGUCGAUGCCAUCACUUGGCAGGGCUACAAGCAGACCAUGGAGAUCAAAGACGUCUGGAAUCUCAUGCCCAAGGACAAGGCCGGAGCUGUACUGGCCCACUAUCGCCAGGUGAAGAAGACCAUGGCCUUAUCCUACCACCUCUUGGCCUAUUUCAAGGGGCCGCUCGUUGUACAGAUUUGGUGGGCCAUCCUCUCUGGUGUCUUCACUUUCAUGCCGACCAUGCUUUUGAAGGCUAUUCUCGAGUUUGUCGAGCACCCUGGCGAAGCUCCGAUCAACGUCUUGUGGCUUUACGUCAUCUUGCUGCCUGUGACGGAUCUCGUUCGGUCCGUCGCGGACAACCAGGCUCUGUGGGUUGGCCGCAAAAUCUGCAUCAAUGUGCGGGCUAUCCUGGUCGGCGAAAUCUACGCCAAGGCUCUUCGACGGAAGGCCGCUGCUGGAAACGAUGCCGUCCUUGGCAAGACCAAAGACGCCGAAACCGUUGACGCCAGCAAUGGCUGGCUGGCGAAGCUCAAGCGCGCGGUCGGGCUAGGAAAGAAGGAUGAUAAAAAGCAGCCAAAUGGCGAGAGUGCACCAGCGGCCGGGGAGACCGCAGGCGCAAAGAAGGACUCGUCUGAUGAGCAAGCCAAUCUGGGCACGAUCAUUAACCUCAUGUCCGUCGACAGCUUCAAGGUGUCAGAAAUCACCGCAUAUCUGCACUUCCUUGUCGCCCAUGCACCUACACAACUUGUCGUUGCUAUUUUCUUGCUCUACCAAGUCAUGGGCCUGAGUGCCAUCCCCGGAUUCAUCGUCAUGGCGGCAUUACUUCCGAUCAACAUUUAUUUCGGCAGAGCGUUCAACAGCACCCAGAAGGUGAUCAUGGCUGCCACUGAUAAGCGAAUCUCAAUCACGAACGAGGUUCUUCAAAACAUCAGAAUCAUCAAGUACUUUGCGUGGGAGUACCGCUUCUCCAAGAUGGUCGACGAAAAGCGUAAGGCGGAGCUCAAGGCCCUUCGGAAGCGGUACAUGGUCUGGGCGGCCGCAGUCGCCGUCUGGAACACGGUCCCCAUUCUCAUUACCUUCUUCUCGUUCCUGUCGUACACACUCAUUGAGAAGAAGCCGCUCUAUCCGUCCAUCGCAUUUACGGCAAUUUCGCUCUUUAUGCUCCUCCGUUACCCUCUCGACCAGAUUGGCGACAUGAUUGCCCACGUCCAAGAGUCGAAGGUGUCGAUCGACCGUGUCGAAGAAUUCCUGAGUGAGGAAGAGACCUCAAAGUUUGAGCAGCUUGGCGAAGACAACCUUGACGAGGAUGGAAACGAGGUCAUUGGAUUCAGAGGUGCAACACUGAUCUGGGGCAGCAAGAACGCGGUUGCUGAGGACGGCUCCAUGGCUUUCCGCUUGUUGGAUCUGAACAUCGACUUCAAAAUCGGCAAGCUCAAUGUUAUCACUGGACCGACCGGCUCAGGAAAGACAUCGCUACUUAUGGGCCUCCUUGGUGAGAUGUCGCUCAUGGAAGGAAAGGUGUACCUACCGGGUGGACGAAGUCGUGAAGAUGUGCCUACGGAUCCCGAGACCGGCCUGGCUGAAACAUGCGCCUACGUCGCCCAGAGCGCCUGGCUUGUGAAUGCCAAUAUUAAAGAGAAUAUUAUCUUCUCAGCCCCACUAGACGAGAAGCGGUACAGGGAAGUCAUCGUUGCUUGCGCUUUGGAACGUGAUUUGGAAAUCCUUGACAACGGCGAUAAGACGCUCGUUGGAGAGAAGGGUAUCACGCUCUCUGGAGGUCAGAAGCAGCGCAUUUCUUUGGCCCGCGCUGUCUACUCGAACUCCAAACACCUGCUGCUCGACGACUGUCUCAGCGCAGUUGAUUCUCACACCGCGCAAUGGAUCUUCAACAACUGUAUCAAGGGGCCUCUCAUGCGCGGACGAACUUGCAUCUUGGUUACCCACAAUAUUCCUCUGACGGUGCCUUACUCCAGCCACGUUAUUGUCAUGGACAACGGCAGGGUGUCCUGCCAAGGCGAUGCGAACGAGGUUAUCGAUUCCGGCAAACUCGGCGAGGAGGUGCAGAAGGCGAAGGCUGGCUCAGCUUCAGCCUCUGUCUCAAGAAUUCCGUCUCGCGUUCCCUCUAGUGUCGGCGAGGAGAGUGGGAACACUCUCAUCGAUGGUGGUGAAGGUGACCGACUCACCAAAUCCAAGUCAGCCGGCACGAAGGGAGAGACCAAAGAUGCUAUGGACGAGUCCAAGGCUGUUGGCGCAGUCAAGUGGCCGGUUCUGAAGCUUUACCUGUCAUCCAUGGGCGGAUGGGGGUUCUGGUCGGUAGCCUGCCUCGUUUUCAUCCUGCAGCAAAUCAGUGGUGUCGCCUCGAACGUGUGGAUCAGGGAGUGGGCCAACCAGUACCUUGAGGAGAGCGUCGCAAAUGUCCAGUUGAAUGUGGCCUCCCAGGGCCAUCAAACAGCUUCCUUGCCUUCGGCGUAUUUGGGAUCCAUCCCUAAGUAUAACCAGGUCCAGUCAUGGCUACAAAAUGCUGGCAACGAUACUGCUUUCGCGACGGUCGGCCCCCAUGGUGUCAACGUUACUUACUACCUCCUUGUUCUUGCAGUCAUCGGCUUGAUCGGGGCGGUUUGCGCCUUGUUCAGAGAUUUGUGGAUUUUCCUCGGCUCCCUGACGGCAUCCUGGGGACUUCAUGACCGCCUCAUGAGUUCCGUGACCAAAGCUCAAUUCAAGUUCUUUGACGUGACCCCACUCGGUCAGAUCAUGAACCGUUUCAGCAAGGACUUGGAGGGCAUUGACCAGGAGGUUGCACCUGUCGCUAUUGGAGUCAUGACGUGUGCAUUGGGCAUUCUCGUUACCGUCGUGUUGAUUGCCAGUGUGACACCUGGAUUCCUCGUGGCCGGGUUCUUCAUUACUGCGGCCUAUGUCUUCGUGGGCAGGUUUUACCUCGCCUCAUCUCGAGACCUGAAGCGACUUGAGUCUGUUCAGCGUAGCCCGCUGUUCCAGCAGUUUGGGGAGACCCUGACCGGAGUCACGACCAUUCGAGCAUACGGCGACGAGCGCCGUUUCGUACGCGAGAACCUGCAGAAGAUCAACGCUCAGCUGCGUCCCUUCAUUUACCUAUGGGCCGCUAACAGAUGGCUUGCCUUCCGGACGGAUGUUCUCGGAGACCUUGUCUCGUUCUUCGCCGGAGUGUUCGUGAUCAUCAGCUUGGAUACAGUGAAGUCUGGCUCUGCUGGUCUCUCCCUGUCAUACGCCAUCGGCUUUGCGGAUAACAUUCUCUGGCUUGUGCGCCUGUACGCGAUGAAUGAGCAGAACAUGAACUCGGUUGAACGUAUCAAGGAGUAUCUGGAGGUCGAACAGGAGGCACCCGCCAUUGUGGAGAAGAACCGGCCACCAGAGAACUGGCCCGCCAAGGGUUCUGUCGAGUUCAUCGGUUACACGACAAGGUACCGCGCAGACCUUGACCCGGUGCUGAACGGAUUAAGCUUCAAGAUCGGUGCCCGGGAAAAGGUUGGCAUCGUGGGCCGGACUGGAGCGGGCAAAAGUUCCUUGGCGUUGGCAUUGUUCCGCGCCCUCGAGGCCGAAGAAGGCAAGAUCCUCAUUGAUGACAUCGACAUUGGGCUGAUCGGCCUACGUGACCUGCGCGAGGCGAUCACCAUCGUGCCCCAGGACCCAACCUUGUUCAUGGGUACCAUUCGGACCAACCUUGAUCCGUUCGACAUGUACAGCGACGAGGACAUCUUUGCCGUCCUUCGCCGCGUGCAACUGAUAGGGCCGGAUGAGAAAAUCCCGAGCCGCCCGGGGUCUUCGGGCGCCGCACCCCCGGCCCCGACCACAGCCGCCGAGGCCAUCGCCGAGUCGUCAUCCAGCACGGCGUCCACGCCCAUCGCCACCAACAAGAACGUCUUCCUCGACCUCAGCUCCCCGGUGACCGAGUCCGGCUCCAACCUGUCCCAGGGCCAGCGGCAGCUCCUCUGCCUGGCGCGGGCCAUGCUCAAGUCGCCGACGGUCCUGCUCAUGGACGAGGCGACGGCCUCGAUCGACUACGCCACGGACGCAAAGAUCCAGGGCACGAUCCGCGAGCUGGAGAGCAGCACGAUCAUCACCAUCGCGCACAGGCUGCAGACCAUUGUCGACUACGACAAGGUCCUCGUGCUGGACAAGGGGUCCAUCGUCGAGUACGACCACCCGUGGAACCUGAUGCAGAAGAAGGACGGGCAGUUCAGGGGCAUGUGCGAGACGAGCGGCGACUGGGACGUGCUGGAGAAGCAGGCCAAGAAGGCCUACAAGGCCAAGCACGAGCUUGUGGACACGGAGGUCCCCUGAUUGAGUGCCUCUCUGCCUGGGAGCGCCGAUGCGCCGCUAGGAAGUUGAGCCUGGGCCGGCCGCUCACCGUAAGGGGCGUGAGCGAGCGAUGGAGUAAAUACCAACACCACGUCAGACGGUGAUGUUUGGGUAGACAGAGAGAGAGGGGGGGAGAGUCCCCGACUUGGAUCUCUGUACAUAAAGCGAGGCCUUGCUCCCCUUUGCCUUGUGUAUAAAUAAAUAUUAGGACGGGGACAGACACCCCCUAGCACGGCACAGCUUCUUGUUUGUUAUUUAAUCAUAGAAAAGCAUUUUCACUUGG